CCAGCAUGCACCGUGAGUUUUAGCCAUCUUGUUGAGAGGUGGAAUUUUUUUUUUCUUCAUCAGAAAUUUUGUUUCCCGAACUCUGAGCCCCGAAUCACUCUCAACUCGGAGCGCUUACAUCGUCUCCUGAGCGUCUUUACAGGCGAAACAGCGCGAGUCGCGGUCUGCACAAUGAGAUUAUCGUAGUCGCGGUGUGAUUAGUUAACCGUUUGCAGAAGUGUUUAUUUUUAUUUUUUUUUAUAUAAGAUGCUAAAUGUGAGGCCGGGGGGAAGCGGGCCCCCAGCUCGCGCCUCGGACUAAAGUGGCAGCUCAAGCCCGGGAGAAGCGUUAUCUAACUCGGCCUCGUGUGCACCGCGGACCCGGGACGGAGGCCGGCUCACUCCGGUUAUAAAAUAAAACAGUCGGUAUUAACCUCGGAUCUAGCUUUGAAACGAUUUUAAUGGCCAUCUCCUGGUUUGAUCGAUCUUUAGGAAUGCAACAGGACAGCAGACGAAGAGGAAGCGCGGUGACGUAUGAUCAUUUAGGUUAACAGCUUAAAAACUGAUUCUGAUCCAGCGCCAGUUUUUCCCUUCCCUUGUCUUCUUCUUCAGCUUAGAAAAGGAGUGCGCGUUUACUUUUUUUUGUUCGUUAAAGCUCACGCGUGUUUAAAUAGGGCGUACGUUUGUCUACACAAGUGUCUUAACGCGUCUUAAGAUGUCAGCCAAGAAGAAGAGCUGUUUCCAGAUCACCAGCGUGACCCAGGCUCAGGUGGCCACGGUCGGCUGCGCGGAUGACUCCGAGAGCCUGGACGAUCCGGACGAAUCCAGGACCGAGGACGCGUCUUCGGAGAUCUACGAACCGGAAGUGUGCGACCGGAGGAGUUCGGCGGCGAUUCACGGCGCGCUGAAUAGUGUGGGAGAAGGCGACACGGCUGCUCACAGAGCCGCACCGUCCCACCAGCCUGGAGGUCCUGGUCCAGCGGGUGGUCCUGGUCAGCAGGUCACCUCUAACACCACCACCACCAGCUGCAGUUCACGCUUCCGAGUGAUUAAGCUCGACCAUGGCACGGGAGAGCCUUUCCGCAGGGGUAGGUGGACAUGCACGGAGUUUUACGAGAGGGAACCCGAGGUGGGGACUGGUAGAACAGCAGAGGGAACCAGGCACGCCAACGAACAUACCCCUGACCGGGACAGCGGAUUAGGCGUCUCUGUAGUGGUUCAGUCCAGUCAGGCAUCGGAUGCCACCACGACCACCAACACAACCACCAACAUGCUCGAUCUGUCCACGUCGCAUACCUCCGUGCACCCUUUCGAACCCGGUAAUGACCCCGGUAAAACGCCACAGCCUGCUGUUCCCCCUCAGGCUCUUCUCGCGCCAGGCCUAACCCAAGGCUCUCACGUCCAGAUAUCGCCCGUUACUCCUCAAGCUUAUCAAACUCAGCAAACUCCUCAGUUAUCCAUAGGCCUCCACAUGCCGAGCCAAACGAGCAUGAUGCCCGAGUACGGACAGCAGCACUUGCCUCACGCCGUACCCAUGCAAGGGGAUAUGGGCAUGUCUGUGCCAGCCAGCCAGUCGGGUGCACCCGUGCCCAACUUGAUGGAGUGGGCGGGAGUGGUGAGUGCCGCGGUGAUAGCGCCUCUCGCCCCUGCGCCUUCGGUUCAGAUCGGACAGUAUUCGGGUGUAGCCAUGACCGCCGGGCAAAAUUCACCCGUUCUGAGCACGGUGGGCAUCCCGGUGCCCGAACAGAGUCGGAGGAAGUCGGACGCUGCGGCCUCUGCGCCCCUCCUCGCUCCUGUUAAAGAGUCUGGGAAACCCUUGAUUACAGAGGAGUUGCCCCUUAUACCCAACCCUGGGGUGAACAGCCUGUUUGGGAUCCCCAUCCCCAUCGCCAUCGACGGGGACGAGGACAGUGCCUCGGGAGUGAGCGUCGUGGCCAUCGACAACAAAAUCGAGAAAGCAAUGGACCUGGUGAAGAGCCACCUGAUGUACGCCGUGCGCGAGGAGGUGGAGGUGCUGAAGGAGCAGAUCAAGGAGCUGUGCGAGAGGAACUCGGUGCUGGAGCGCGAGAACGCCGUGCUGAAGUCUCUGGCUAACAGCGAGCAGCUCUCACAGCUCUCGGCUCACACGGCCACCGCGUCCCCGCCCGCGCAGACGCCGCCCACCAACCCGCCGCAGCCCAGCGUCUCCUCCGCUUAACCAUCACGCACACAACGCCCGCCCACCAGCACGUCCUCGCUCAGCACCAGCUUUAACCAGCAGCGCUUCAGUAUACACGCGGCUGUGUGUGUGUGUGUGUGUGUGUGUGUGUGUGUGGGGACCAGAAAUGAUACAGAAGUGUUUUUUUUUUUUUCUUUCUAUCUUUUCUUUCUUUUUAUUUUUAUUUUUAGAAGAUAAAAAAAAAGCCAUGAGAAGGGUUUAUUUUUAAAGCCGUUUUCGAGCAAGAGUCUAUUUUUCGGAGCUGAUCGUACGUCACGAAAGGAAAAGAUUAAAAAAAAAAAAAUAGUCUAUAUAAUUAUUAUUGUUGUUUUUGUUUUUUGUUUCUUUAUUUUGCUUGUGUCGUUUCACCAUUCAGUUAUUUAUUCGAGGGCUGCUACGUUUCAUACGUCCCGACUGUAACGAAACAUUUUUUAUUAUUAUGUUCUCCUCUCACUCGACCCAGUAAAGUCAUUUAAAAUGAAAACAAAAAACAGUACAGACGACAGAAACGUACACACACACACACACGUCAAAUAAAAGCACCGGGUUCAAACACUAACGGCCGUUUGUUUUUACCUCUCAACUGCGAAUGUGAAGGGGUCACGCGAGUGAAUGUACAUGAUUGUUUAUUUUUGUUUUUGUACAGAGAGUUCUUGAAGAAGAAGUGAAGAAGCCUCUUCAGUUCUGGGGGAUGAAAUGAAAACAGAAAAAAAAAAAGAGAUAUUUACGGAUGAAUUUGAGCACGCUCUCUCUCUCUCUCUCUCUCUCUCUCUCUCUCUCUCUCUCUCUCUCUCUCUCUCUGCCGCUUUUAUGUUUCCGCUUCACACACGUCGGCUUUGUCUCGUUAAUUCAACAAAACUCCGGGGUUUACACUGUACGACUUUAAUGUGCGAUUAUUAUUUUAUUUCAUUUUUUUAUUUUAACAAGUGUAAAUUUUAAAAUUGAUUUUAAAAUUAUUUAUAUAUGCGUUUAAAAAAAACAAAAAAAAAAGAA